AUGCUUCAUUUGCUGCUUGUUCUUCCUUGCCUUCUACACGUUGCAACGGGCGCUCCAUGGCAGACCCAGAAGCCACUUCAUUGCCCGUACCCCGAUAACCCCUUAGAUGAUGACUUUAUUGAACCCAUCCACGACAGACACUACGCUGCCUAUACCGAGCCGGGAACCUGCCACCUGGAUGAGAUACUCGUGCCCUCCGACUUUUGCACAAUCCAAGGUCCAUCAUAUAUCGAGAUUCUCGACGCGCACAAUCCUCACGAACAUAACUCAGGCCAGCGCUUCGCUGUAAGCCGCUACGGCGACGACCAGAGAAUUAAAUCUGUCGUGACAUUCCAGCCUAUCAUGUACCACGACCAGACGUGCACUCUCGUCAUCGAGAUUCCUGCCAUACGAGAGAAUCGGUAUGCCGAAGGCACCACGACCAUGGAGGUUUGGGCUGUUGAUCGAUUUGAUACGCCUACAUGGGAUAACCAGCCACGUAAGCGGCACACUGUAGGAAUGGUCACUUUCCCCACGUUUCAAGUACACCAGGGCUGGAUCCAGCGAUUUAUGCCCAUUUCCUGUAGUAAGGAAAUGAGCUUUAUGGUUGAGCUGAGCCAUCCUCGGAGCGACGGAAAGGUUGUCUUCUGGAAUCAGCUCAUCGGCAAACAGGGUGCACCACCCAUUGGCUGGAGGAUACUUCAGGGUGGAUGCUAA